AUGCGUUCAGACGUUGUGGAGGCGUCACGGGCCAUUUUACGAAGAACCGACUGGGCAAAAGCACUGGCAGGAAUCCUUCCAUUGUCGACGCUUAUUGAUUUUGUGGAUAUUCCCCAGCAUUUUCAUGUCUUUCAACUGACAGGCUCCGCGCCCUUCUGGAGUUGGCCCAUCACUCCGGCCAACAGUCGCGUUCUACUCUCCGAUACGUAUCUAGAGAAGCUUUGCUACCUCGAUCGCGCCACCGGGAGCCACAGUCUUGUGUGUCUGGAUGGCCGGUAUGGGGACGAGUACCCGCUUGUCAAUUCCAACACUGUGAAGCUCUGCCUAUCCUCCUCGGCCGGCCUCCACACCAAGAUUACAAACCCUAGCGACAACAUGAACGAUGCAGACAAUCGCGUCCAGAGACUCACCGUUAUCCACGUUCUCCGAUCCUGGGAGAACCCUGCGGCGACGCGAACCGGACUAGGCCGCAUUCUUUCUGGCAAUCAUGGCGGCACCUAUGGGCUUGUCUCAACAAUGGGAUGGCUCCUUUGGGCCACGACCACGACCGCAGCGUGCAUUCUAGAGUAUUACAUCGCCCUGGCGUCUCUCAUUGCGGUUCCCUUAACAGGGUAUGUGACGUGGCUCAUCCAUGGCCGGCGACCGCGUCGACUCCUCAAAAAUUGCCAGAGUAGCACAAACCGCCUGGUUGUUGUGACUCCGCACAUGAAUGCUACGGACUGGAUGGUCUUCUUCGGCGAGAAGCAUACGAUAAAUUCUCUCCUGAACCUGCCGUUGGAGCCCGAGUCAGAUGUGAGGAAUUUGGGGCCAUUCCCGGUUCUGAGAGCGCUCCUAAGGAUUCUGGUCCUUGCACAGUGGGCUUUGGCCCUAGGCGCUGCGUCUGUCCAAGAUUGGUCGGCCUACUUCAUAACCUUUUGGGCCGCGGUUUGCAUGGUGUCUCAAUCCUACCUGCUCCGCCCCCAUCUGCUCAUAGGAGACUGGAUGAAGCGUCAUCUAAGGAUGGAGAUGCGAAAAUACUCCACAGAGGUGAGCAGCCGGGUGGCGCUGCUCAAUACCAUCAUGGCACUGAACCCAGAUACUUUCACGAGGGCCACGGCCGAGAACGUAGAUACUCCCAAAGAGUUCGAUACAGAUGGACUAUCCUGGAUUGACCCGAUUCUCAAGCCUACCGCGCUCAGAACUAAGUGGGAAAAGGCAACACUUGCGGCAAUGAAUUCGAGAGGAGAGGUGCCUGGAGAUGAUUGGAAGCAAAAACACCGCGGAGUGUAUGGAGAACGCGGAAUUUGGGAGGGGAUUCAGGUGGCGAAUUUGAUCAGGGAUAAGGCCAAGCUGCCGGGACUUCAGGUGCCAGGUUGCGAUAAAAGCAUUGACAGUGACCCAGAGGAGGCCGCGGAAUGA